AUGUUUGAUGUAUUACAAUCUGCCGAAACAGUAUAUUACGAUGCUGAACAAGGAUAUACACCAAAUCAUAGCAUAUCACGAGACGACAAAGAACAGUCUGAUAUAUUUCAAAGUUUAGCUAAACAAACUGAUCUGUCGACAGGCACUUCUCAUAAUCUUACUAGAAGCAUUAAAUUAGAACGAUUGCCUAUCAGUUCAUAUGUUGUUGAUGAUCAAAGCAGUACAGGGGGUCAACAAUUAACAUUUGCUGCUCAACUAGAUACAUCACAUCGUCGAAAAAGAAUGCUCUUAUAUGGACUUUUUUUAUUCAUUGCUGUUGUUGUUAUAACUGCGGUUACUGUUACUUUGGUUUUAGUCUUACGAACUCAUAAAUAG